UGAAAAUAUUAGUUAAAACAUAUUGUCUGUUGACUGACUUAUUGGGCGAAUUGGUUUUGAUCAAAUCAUGAUAGAUUUGGAAGAACGUCCUCCAGUUUUGAGAUGCUUCAGAUCUAUUGAGAACGAGCAGAGGCAGUAACAAGGCAAAUUUUCAGCAGGUCAGGAAAAAUUGUUGAGGUGAAGGAAUGGAGUUCGUUGAUCGGGGUGAGGAAGAAAUGGAGGAGAUUGUGAUUCACAUUGACGACCUGGGUGGGAAAUUAAUAUGUGCAGAUAUGACAUCUUUAACGGCUGGCCAGAAGCUUCCUGCAUCAAGCUCGGAGAUUGUGGAAGCUGUAGUGAUGGAUUCAACUACAGGAAGUAAAGAUGAGACAACUUCUGUUGAGUCAGGCCAUACUGGGCUUCAGAGCGAGGGAUUACAAGCUGCAAAUGCACCGCUUGACAUUGAUGAACCCAGAGUUCAGUUUCCUCCACAAACAGUUACGCUUGUCGAUGAAGAAGAUUUAUAUGCCAAGAAAUCAAGAUUGCAGAAAUCAGAUUCAUAUACCGUGAAGUCAGGAUUGCAGAAAUCAGGUUUAUAUGCCAAGAAAUCAGGAUUGCAGAAAUCAGCUUCAUGUACUAUGAAAUCAGGACUGCAGAAAUCACGUUUAUAUGCCAUGAAAUCAGAAUUGAUGAAAUCAGGUUUAUAUGCCAUGAAAUCAGGAUCGCAGGCUACUUUUUCUAUGAAAAUAGAUAAAAUUCCGACUGAAAAUCAACUAUUGCAGAAAUCAGGUUUAUAUGCCAAGAAAUCAAUUAAGACAACCGUGCAGAAGAUUUUCAGCCACAUGAAUAAUGCUAGAGCUGCAAAAAUUGUUGUUCUUGGACCUGGUGGUGUUGGAAAGACUACAGUGCUGAAAGCCUUAAUCAAUCAUCCCAACACAAAACUUAUGUUUGAUGAGAUUAUUUUUGUGACUGUAUCAAAGUAUUGGAGCACGGCAAAGAUCCAAAACCAAGUUUUAAGACAGUUAUUAUUGUCUCGUGAAUAUUCUGAAAGUGAUUCUCAAGUUGCAGGAAGAUUAUUAAAGGUUCUGAAAGGGAAAAGGUUUUUGUUAAUUCUGGAUGAUCUUUGGGAGAAGAUAGAUUUGGGGGUUGUGGGUAUUCCCAAUCCCAAUUCAGAAAAUCGCUGCAAGAUAAUAAUGGCAUUCAGAAAACUUGACACUGGUCAUGACAAGAAUGAGUUUAAGGUGGUUGAAGUAAAACCUCUCUCCGAGAAGGAAGCUAGAGAACUAUUUUAUGAACAGAGUAGAAUAAUUCGAUCCUCAGAUAUCCAGUCCUUUGCUGAAAGCAUAGUUAAGGGCUGUGGUGGCUUGCCCCUGCUGGUUAUUGUUAGUGGAAGGGCCCUAGCAGAGGAGAAUGAUGUUUCAAAGUGGAGGGAUGCGUCAAUUAAAUUCUCACUGUCUAGAACCGCCCAAGGUUGUCAAACUGAAGAUGUCAUCCAACGAUUGAAAUUCAGCUUUGACCAACUCAAGGAGCAUGAUGUGAAGAGCUGUUUCCUUCAUUUUGCUUUGUUUCCAGAGGAUCAAGAGGUUAAUAUUUAUAAAUUCAUAGAAUAUUGCAUCAAAGAAGGUUUAAUUACUGGUGCUCAAGCAGAUGUGAGAAAAAGGGGACGUGAUAUAGUUGAUGUUCUGGUAAGUGCUUCUCUGUUACAAGUUACACAAGGUGGAAAAUCCAUUAAAAUGAAUAAUUUAAUCAGAGAUUUAGCACUGGGGAUUUUAUCUUCACUGCCAAAAGAUAGUGAGUUUCCAUUGUUGAGUGCUUAUUCAAGAUCAAUGGAACUUUUCAAUCCAGGAAGUAGUUCACCAUCCACAUCAGUGUGCAUACCUGAAGGUAAAUUCUUGUUGAGAGCUGGAGCAGGUCUUACAGAACCACCAUCAGAGGAAGAGUGGAAACAUGCUAAAAUGGUGUUUUUGAGUGACAAUGAGUUAUGCGCUCUCCCUGAGGAACCAAAUUGUCCUGAACUUUUGACAUUGUUCCUACAAAGAAACGGUUCACUGAGAGUGAUUCCGCCAUCUUUUUUUAACUACAUGGCUUCCCUUGAAGUGUUGAAUCUAUCUGAAACUAGAAUACAAUCCUUGCCAGAGACAGUUGCCAAGCUAGAAAAGCUCGUAAUCCUCAUCCUACGUGAUUGUAAGUGUCUAUUUAUGCUUCCCUCUGAAGUUGGAUCCCUUAUUUGUCUUAAGGUGCUUGAUCUCCGAGGCACUCAAAUUAACAAAUUACCUGAUACAAUUGGUGAAUUGAAGCUCUUAAAACAUUUGGAAGUGUCAUUUUAUGGGUCUAUCGAUGAUGAAGAGUAUGUUAUAUUGCCACACCAUUUGAUUUCGUGCAGCAUUAUAUCGAAGUUGUGCAAUUUGGAGACUCUGAGCAUUGUUUUGUAUCCAGGAGAUGCACGGUGGUAUGAGGAUGUGAAAUACAUCAAAACUGAGGUUAGCAAGUUGAAAUGGUUGACGUCUCUUACCUUUCAUUUCCCAGAUAUUGAACAUGUCCAAGAAUUCCUAAGAGAGAGCGACCCAUGGAAGAAUAAUCUCUUGAUGGAGUUCAAAUUCAUCAUUGGUCAUGAUUUCAAGGACAUUUCCUCUCCAGUUCCAUAUUACAUGGAAUUUGAUUAUAAUCAACAGCUCCGACGUCUGAGAUUUGUAAAUGGUGAGAAGAAACCUGAGGAAGUUCUACAAAUAUUAGCUCGCAGUACUGCUUUCUAUUUAGAUAAUCAUCUUGACAUUGAGAGCCUUUCCAACUUUGGGGUUGGUAAUAUGAAUGAGUUGAAGUUUUGUAUUUUAUCUGAAUGCCCCAAGAUUAAAACAGUCGUUCAUGUGGAGGAAGUGGAGGAUGCUGUAUUUCCCCUCCUGGAGACCAUAAGUAUCCAUCGUUUGUGGAAUUUCACAAGUAUUUGGGAGGGGAUUCUACCAGAAGGAAGUUUUGGCCAGUUAAGAAUUUUGUCACUGAAUGGAUGCCCGAAGUUGGUGUACGUCUUUACAAGCUCAACGAUUCAACAUCUUUGUAAAUUAGAGGAAAUUGUUAUAGAAGAUUGUCGAGACAUUGAACAAAUCAUAGUUGAGGAGGAGACAAUACAUUCUGAGUCAGUUGCACUUCCCAGUUUGAAGAAGUUAACACUUAACUGUCUGCCAGGAUUGGUAAACAUAUGGAGAGGUCCUUGGCCGCUACUGGAACAUAUCAGCUUCUACUGUUGUCCAAACUUGAAGAAGAUUGGUAUUGAUUCUAGGUUCAAAGAUGUGAUAAUAAAGGCAGAGAAGAGUUGGUGGGAUGCAUUAGAGUGGGAAAGUGAUGAAUUGCGCUUGCAUAUCGAAAACUCUUCCACCAUUAUUUAUCAUGAUCUCCCGUAAAUGACAUUGUUGGUAUAUUUGUUUUAGAGCCAUGUUGGUGUCCUCUUUAAUUGAUAUUGCAUACAAUACAAAUGAAAAAAAAUUGGAUUGUAAACAUGUAUAUUGGUUUUCAUAUCCCGCAGUUUAUGGACUUUCUUCUUUUUAUAUUUUGUUAGUUUUAUCUAUAUUUUCAAUGUAAUCUAGUGAUGUAUUAGAUUAUAAAUACCAAUGUACUUUAAUCCCACAGGGUAGUGGUUUUCAUCCAAGAAUAAUGUUAUAUGGUAUCAGAGCAAAAUUGAAUUUCUUGUC